UCUUAAAGAGAUCUUAAGAGAAGUUUCUUUUUUAUAAUGUUUUUUAACUUUAAAUCGGUAACCUGUUGCCUUGUAGGGGUUUUCAUGCUAUCGCUAUUGAAAUCUACUGAGGCACAAUUGGACCUUAGUAAAAUCGGUAUUUUACAGAUUGUGGGUGAAAAACAAUAUUUCAUUGAGAAAGCAGUUAAAGUUAAUUGGCACAAAGCCUUGCAAAGUUGUGCUAAAAUGAACAUGAGAUUGGCAUCGAUAGAAUCGUCGACAGAGCAGCAAAAUAUAAAAAGUUUAUUGAAUUCGAAUUCUGCUUUGUCGAAACAAUACUGGAUAUCUGGCAAUGAUUUGUCUUCAAGUCGGGACUUUGUCUGGUUCGGUACUGGCGAGUCUUUCAGCUAUACUAGUUGGGGUUCUGGGCCCGGCGGUAGCACUAGCCAACGUUGUGUACGUACUGAUGCUAAUUUCAAUUGGCGUAGAGAUGCUUGCAGCAGUUUACAGUACUUUAUAUGUGAAAGACCUUUAGUGCCGGCAUGUGGUUCCAGUACAACAUGUAAUGUUAAACCUACAAUCAUUCUGUAAUUGUGGUCUUAUUAAGAUUGGAAAUUUUAAAUAAAUAUAUAAAUUUUGAAAGCAUAAA